AUGGCCGCUGUGGCGCUUCUGCAGCUGCCCGUGCUGCUCUGCUGCUCGGCCGCCAGCCUGCUGCUGCUGCUGCGGUGGCAGCGGCGAAGGAGGCUCUGGAACAAGGUGAAGGAGGCUCAGCUGAGGCACGAGCAGGGCUUGGCACAGAUGGAGAAGAUUGCGCUGGGCUUUCGGAAGAAGGCCCUCCAAAUCACCAGAGAGACCAACUGCAUCACGGAAUACAUGUGGGAAAGUGAAACCCAGUUCCAGCAAGCGGUACGGCCGGAGAAGCCGGGUUUGCUCUUUGGGGUGCCCGUCAGCAUCAAGGACUCCAUCAACUGCCAGGGCUACGACUCCACCAUGGGGUUUGUGAGUAACAUCAAUAACCCUGCAGCAGAGGACAGUGUGCUGGUGCAGGUGCUGAAGAGGCAGGGGGCAAUUCCAUUUGUGAGAACCAACGUCCCUCAGUCCCUUGUCAGCUAUGACUGCAAUAAUGUAAUCUUUGGCCAGACACUCAAUCCUACGCUCUACACCAGAACCUCCGGAGGCUCUUCUGGUGGAGAAGGGGCACUCAUAGGAGGAGGUGGGUCCAUACUGGGCUUUGGGACAGACCUUGGAGGGAGUCUGCGUUUGCCUGCUGCCUUCUGUGGGAUCUGUGCACUCAAACCCACCGGGAACAGACUCAGCAAGAGAGGCACCAUUUCUGGAAUCCCUGGGCAGAAGUCAGUGGUUGCGGCUGUGGGGCCGAUGGCGAAAGAUGUGGAGUCCCUGGCACUGAGUAUGCGGGCGCUGCUCUGUGAAGACAUGUUCAACUUGGACAGCACAGUUCCCCCACUUCCCUUCAAUGAAGAGGUGUAUUCUAGCACAAAGCCGCUCCGCAUAGGCUACUAUGAAACCGAUUCCUUCACCAUGCCAAGCCCUGCCAUGAGACGUGCUGUUCGGGAGAUGAAGCAGCUUUUGGAGGAUGCUGGUCACACGCUGGUGCCCUUCGAACUCGAUAACACCAACUACUACAUUUUUGACUUAUUUAUUAGAGGACUAUUUGCAGAUGGAGGCAAAUCAUUUGCUAAGAAAUUCAAAGGAGAGAUAGUCGAAGGCCUCACGCGACUGGUAUUAUGGCUGUCAAGGACACCAAACUGGCUAAAAACUGUCCUGUCCUGGAUUAUCAAUCGCUUUGUGCCCCGACUUUCGAGUCUUUUAAGAAACACAAGAGCAAACACAGUGGAAGACCUCUGGAGCCUUCACUGUGAGUUUGAGGAGUCUUGCCACAAAUUCAUCGCCCAGUGGAAAAAGCUGAACCUGGAUGUCAUGCUUUGCCCCGUGCUGGGUCCUGCUCUUCCUGUUGGCUACCCUGCGAAGCUUUCAGUGGCAAUCAGUUACACCAUGCUGUUUAACUGCCUGGACUUCCCCGCUGGAGUGGUCCCUGUCACUACCGUGACAGAUGAGGAUGAGGAGGAACUCAAGAGCUACAAAGGGUACUACCAGGACACCUGGGACCAGAUUUUGGCGAAGCCAGCUAAGGCAGCAGCAGUGGCUUGGGGAGAACAGCCUGGGGACACCCCUCUGAACCCGGUGUGA